CAGCUGCCGUAAAACCCCAAGGAGGAGGAGGAAGAAGCAGCAGCAGUAGUAGCCUACGUCGGUUAAUCCACCGGAUUGUCUCUUUUUUUUCUGAUGCGGCGUCUGUUCUUUAUGUCGAGUAGAGACUGUGGCGAAUGGUGAGGAUAUAAUGCAGAGUUCUCAACAUUUCUUUCCAUGCACUGAAAGCUGCACAUUUAUGGCGUUUGUGAGUGGAGAUUUCUGCCAGGCACAGCACCUGGUCAUCGUGGAUAAGUGAAAAGUUGGCGUGCUACAUGAAGAUAACGCCACACUUCUACUGUCCUACCUUGUGAGCUAAGGGGUCGAGGCUGUUUUUGCCCAAAGUUCACGCAUAUGAGUCGGUCUGAGGCACUGACAAGCCAAUUUUUUUUACACCCUUUCCUCAAGCGCCAAAUGAUCAUCCCUUUUUCUCCUGAAUGGGUUAAAUAGAAUUUAACAACAGCUGAAAAUUAGCCCUGCCUUUUUUCCUUUUUUUUUUUUUAAUCGUGGAAAUUUUUUAAGCCUUUUUUUAGCUUAUUUUUUGAAUAUCAGUUUAAAUUUGAGAUUUGACCCAAAGUCAUUGUAACCGCACUGUGAAACAUUUUAUUUUUAUUUCAUAAACCAACCUUCAUCCACGUGUCAAGAUGAAUCGUCCUGCUCCUGUUGAAAUCACGUAUGAGGGUAUGAGGUUUCUGAUUACCCACAAUCCCACCAAUUCACAACUGCCCAGGUUUACUGAGGAGCUGAAGUCUUUUGGGGUGCAGACACUGGUUCGGGUGUGUGAAGCCACCUACGACAAAGCACCGGUGGAAAACGAAGGCAUUCAAGUUUUGGACUGGCCUUUUGAUGAUGGCUGCUCCCCCUCUGAUCAAAUCGUGGACGACUGGUUAAACCUUUGUAAGUGUAAAUUUAAAGAAGAACCAGGUUGCUGUAUUGCAGUGCACUGUGUCGCAGGACUGGGCCGAGCUCCUGUGUUGGUGGCCAUCGCAUUAAUCGAAUGUGGGAUGAUGUACGAGGAUGCAGUUCAGUUCAUUCGACAGAAGCGGCGUGGAGCCUUCAACUCCAGACAGCUCUUGUACCUCGAAAAAUACAAACCCAAGAUGCGUCUUCGCUUCAAAGAUGCCAAUGGUCAAAACUGCUGCGUUCAGUAGAAACCCGAGGAAGAAGGAUUAUUAUUGUGAUGAUGAUUAUAGUAAAGGAAAUGUACUUGGGAUAGUUGUUUGUUCGUUUGUUCUUUUUUUUUUUUUCUUGCAACAUUAUUGUGCCAAGCACACAGAAGAUUCAGUGUCCCUGUAACUAGCAUAUGAUUUUUAAAGAAAAAAAAAAGUGGCUAAGUGUUUAAGAGCACACAAAGUACAGCACAAUGUGUGCACAGUGACUGAGUGAGCAGUUACAGCUGAGUACAGUUCAUAUUGAGUUAGGCUUCCAACAGAAAAGCCUGACUGUGUCCUUUUAACAGGGUUUUUUUGUUUGUUUAUUUGAUUAAGUAAAUUAAUUUUAAGUCAUGUUUUUAAAAAUGUCCCAGAUCAUUUCAAUGAUUUCAAUUGAUGCUUGUGAUGUAAAAGCUGUAAUUUCAGUAAGGUUACGUGAGCACAAAAAUAUCUGUAGUGCGACAUCCACAACUGUGAUAAAUACAGAAAGGUUCCAGGUUACACCUCCAGGACAGUAAUGUGUGAAAGGAAUGAAUCAUUUCCUGGAUUAUCUCUUGCUGCUGAUUGAUAGAGAUAUCAAAAUAAAAUAAAGGUGCAAAUGA